UUAGUAAAGAGAUGUACAGAUUAUUUACCGAUAUUUAAGAAAGCCGUCAACGCGGCCGACAUGUGACGUCAUUUGUUGACUGCUGGGAAGGUUACGUGGCAUUCACUGAAAUCUUUUGCAGAAAAUAUUUUUCAAUUCGGAAAAAAAUUAAAGUGCCACCGCAAUGGCUACAUACCAAGAAUUUAUACAACAGAAUGAGGACAGGGAUGGGGUGCGUUUCAGCUGGAACGUAUGGCCCUCCAGUCGUCUUGAAGCCACGCGCAUGGUAGUACCACUAGGAUGUUUGUACACGCCGGUAAAAGAGAGACCAGACCUUCCGCCCAUCGCCUAUGAGCCAGUCUUGUGUACAAGGCCGACAUGUCGUGCCAUAUUGAACCCGUACUGCCAGGUGGACUACAGAGCAAAGAUUUGGGCCUGCAAUUUCUGCUUUCAGAGGAAUCCGUUUCCACCCCAGUAUGCGGCUAUUACAGAACAACACCAGCCAGCGGAGAUUAUUCCUCAGUUUUCCACUAUAGAAUACACCAUCACACGUGCAACAUGUUCUCCACCUGUGUACCUGAUAGUUCUGGACACAUGUAUGGAUGACGACGAUUUGCAGGCUGUUAAGGAGUCCCUUCAGAUGUCUCUCAGCCUGCUACCGCCAAAUGCCUUAAUCGGUCUGAUCACAUUCGGCAAGAUGGUACAGCUACAUGAGCUGGGAUGCGAGGGCUGUUCCAAGAGUUACGUGUUCCGUGGAACCAAAGACCUCACUGCUAAGCAGAUACAAGAUAUGCUAGGCAUAGGCAGGGGAGGGGCGGCUGCCCAACCAGGCGCUAGGGGGCCACAACAGCAACAACAACUACCCUCCAACAGGUUUCUGCAGCCGGUGCACAAGUGUGACUUCAGCCUGACAGACCUGCUAGGUGAGCUACAGAGGGACCCUUGGCCGGUCUCCCAGGGCAAGAGACCCCUACGAUCCACAGGUGUGGCCCUCUCAAUAGCCGUUGGGUUGCUAGAGUGCACGUUCCCCAACACAGGCGCUCGUAUCAUGCUGUUUAUGGGUGGGGCCUGUACACAGGGGCCCGGCAUGGUGGUGGGGGAGGAGUUGAAGUUCCCCAUCCGCUCUCACCAUGACAUUGAGAAAGACAACUGCAAGUACAUGAAGAAAGCAAUGAAGCAUUACGAGGGUCUAGCUAACCGUGCAGCAAAUAACGGUCAUGUGAUUGACAUCUACUCGUGCGCCCUGGACCAGACAGGUCUCCAUGAGAUGAAAUUCUGUUGUAGAUAUACUGGGGGCCACAUGGUGAUGGGGGAUUCCUUCAAUACAUCCCUCUUCAAGCAGACCUUCCAGAGAGUGUUCUCCAAGGACGCUAAAGGAGAAUUUAAGAUGGCGUUUGGGGCCACCUUGGAAGUCAAGACCUCGAGAGAGCUGAAGGUGUCAGGUGCCAUAGGCCCGUGUGUCUCGCUGGGGGUGAAGGGCGGCUCCGUGGCUGAUACCGAGAUGGGGCUGGGGGGCACCUGCCAGUGGAAGAUGUGUGGCAUGUACCCCAACACCACUCUUGCUUUCUUCUUUGAGGUCGUCAAUCAGCACAAUGCUCCGAUACCCCAAGGUGGUCGUGGAUAUAUCCAGUUCAUCACACAGUAUCAGCAUUCUAGUGGUCAGAGAAGGGUCAGAGUGACCACAGUGGCCAGAAACUGGGCUGAUGCGAGCACAAACAUCCAGCACAUAUCGGCCGGGUUUGACCAGGAAGCCUCUGCAGUCCUACAGGCCCGUACCGCCGUGUUCCGGGCAGAGACAGACGACGGGCCGGAUGUCUUGAGAUGGCUUGAUAGGAUGCUUAUACGACUGUGCCAGAAGUUUGGAGACUUCCACAGAGAUGAUCCAAACUCGUUCAGAUUUUCAGAGAACUUUUCCCUUUAUCCCCAAUUUAUGUUUCAUCUAAGACGCUCUCAGUUCCUUCAAGUCUUCAAUAAUAGCCCAGAUGAAACGUCAUAUUACAGGUAUAUGUUGAACAUAGAAGAUUUAACGCAGAGUUUGAUCAUGAUCCAGCCUAUACUGUAUGCAUACUCCUUUAGUGGAACACCUGAGCCUGUGUUACUGGAUACCAGCAGUAUUCAGCCAGAUAGGAUCCUGCUUAUGGACACAUUUUUCCAAAUCCUUAUCUAUCAUGGAGAGACAAUAGACCAAUGGCGGCAGCAGAAAUACCAGGACCUGCCAGAGUAUGAGAACUUCAAGCAGCUGCUGCAGGCCCCUGUGGAUGACGCCCAGGAGAUCCUGCAGACCAGGUUCCCCAUGCCUCGAUACAUCGACACUGCUGCUGGUGGCUCACAGGCUCGCUUCCUGAUGGCUCGAGUUAAUCCUACCAUGACGCACAACAACAUGUAUGCCUAUGGAGGGGGAGGAGCAGGGGUGCCCGUGUUGGGGGGUGCCCCCUCGCAGCAGGAGGGCACUGCGGCGGUGCUCACAGAUGACGUGAGUUUGCAGGUGUUCAUGGAGCACUUGAAGAAGCUUGCGGUCUCCAGCUCCACGUGAUGUGUUGCACGUCAUGUGACCUCUGACAUCAUACACACACCCUUCAGCAGCAGCGGCAACGCUAGCGACGACAACGGCACUGUUACCUUAAUGUAGAAAUUUUGUUAUAAAUACUUGAUGAAAAUAAAUGUCCAAUGAGUAUAUUAAAAAAUUAAGGAAGAGAAUAGAAAUAUAUGAGUAUUUUAUUGAAACAAAAAUAAUUGUCAAGUAUGAUUUCAUCUUAAUUAACAUAAUUCAGAAACUUAUAUAAUUAGAUAAUUGGAACUGAGAUAGGCAAAGAGAAGUUAAUAUAUGUAGACUUUUUGUUAAUGUUUGAUUGAAAAUGAGAUGUUUGGUAUUAUCUUAGAGCAGUAACAUAUAAUUAGAAAUUAUGUGUAAUGCAAAAAUGAAAUUGUUCAUGACACUGAUAUAAUAAUGUUGCCAAAAAUAAAUAAAAUACUUUACCAAAAUUGCUAUGUUGUAUGAGUACUAAAUGCAAGUAUUUUUAUGAGACUGCAGUUGUUUAAAAACAGGUAAAAAAAUACUGAUUAUGGAAUUCAGAAGAUACUUUUAGCGUAAAUGAACACAUUAUUUGAUUGAAAACACUCUGGAAGCAAAUAUUCUACACAUCAUGAAAUAAAAAUACAAAAUAUUUUGUGUUAAGUUACAAUACUGUGCUAUUUGGCGUUAACACAAUGAGGUGAUAAACAGAAUUAAACAUCUUUGAAAAAGAGACGUACUAUUUAAUAAAUUCAUUUUGGGUUUCUGAAACUUUGAAUCUUGACAUGAAGUUAAAUUAGACUGAAUAAUUUUGAAUUUAUGUUCUUAAUACAUUUAUUUGUAUUGAAAUGUAAUUCUGACAUUUAAACAAAGUAAUUAACAUAACUGAUAUUGUAUGAUGUUAUUUUACACAUUGUUUUGGUUCUGCAAAUGUUUUUUUGUGUACUGAAACCCAUAAACCGAACUAACUAAAUAUUUAAAAUUGUUUUUUUGUUUUAUUAUGUAUUACAUUUAUUUGCAGCACUACUUUCAAAAGGUACUUUGGUAGCAUUAAAGAAAUUAAAACAUUUCAGCAGUUUGUCGUUUUAAUUGUGUGGAUUUAUAGACAAACACGUCCACACAAACUAUUGUUGGAAUCUUUAUUACCAGAUCAGUGGGUGUAUUAUGUAGAAAUAGACAAAAUUGUGUGAAGUAUCUAGUCAUACUUUUUAAACCUAACAAAUAUCAAAUUAGGUUUUCAAGCUUAUACUGGUUACAAUUGGACAAUAAUAGGGACUAUAUCUUCACCUGUUUUAACUGGACAAAAAAUACAGACUUUAGUGUAUAUAAUCUUUGCUCAAGUUGCAACAAUAGAGCUGUCUGGUAAUUACGACAUAAUGGUAUUAAAACACACUAGGGCUAUUCACACUGACUUUUGGUAAGUAGAAGUAUAAAAUCGGAACUACACCUGCUGCCAUGUUACUUAGAGAUUUAACAGGGGAAAAAAAGAAAUGAAAUAAUACAUUUAAAACCAUAUGUUUUUAAUAGACUAACUUCAUCAUGGGCUAGAUUUUGGACAAACCCACUUACCUGUGGGUACAAACAAAGCUGUAUACAUUUCAAAAUCACACACCGUAUCGACUGUUAUUAUUUGAACGCAUUUAACAUUUGUGGAUAAAAUGGUACAGGGUUGUUAAUACAAAUGUAUAAGAUGGAUUUUCCAAAGUAUUUGAGAUCUGAAUAAAAAAGUUAUUGAACAUUGUGUUUUAUUAUUAUUUUACAUAUUAAAACUUCCACAAAUAUGAAUUCCAUUUGAACUGUGAAAAUACUGGCCAUGGUAUUAUUUUGAUGUCAGACAUUUAUACCAUUUAUCAGUGAAAUUAAGUUCAUUAAUGAAUAUUCACACAUGGUAAAACUUAAAAAGCAACUUUAUACAACAAGUGUUCAGUCAGGAAUCAAGCAUUGACAAAAAGACAUUUAAAAUUUUCUUUUCAACGUUGUUAACUUCUUCACCUCUAUUAUAUAUAAAUCUCAAUUUUAUGAAUAAAUAUUCGGAUAAAAGAACAUUUGGGCAUAUUUCAUGAUAUCAGAGGCUAUGUGACAAUAAUAGUGUAACACAUGAUUGUUUUUUAAUAUAAAUCUUGAUUAUAUAAGUCUGGUACUAUGUGUAUUCAUUUUGCAAUAAUACAUUCAUAGGCAAAAACAUGAACAAAAGUUACCCACUUUUAACCAGUUUUUGCAGCUAUUGGUUGCUUUGCUUUUGAACCAGUUUUAGCUUGGUCAGAUUACAUCUUGCGUUUUGUGUGAAAAUGUACCCCUCAGGAAGUGUGUUAAACAGAUAAAGUAACUAUAAAGACCUAGCUGUAAGGGAAACAUCAUCUUUGGUCACAGUCUGUAGUUCAGUAAACAUACCUGUUGACUACACAGGUAUAUUUGCUGGUUCUGUUUGCCAUGUUUAGAAGUAAUUUGAAUACACAGGCAGACAUUCUCUCUAUAUAUUUAGCAUCAUUGACUUGCCAUAGUUAUAGUCAAAGUAAAGUUUUCAUUUCUUUUGUGUGUAUUGUAUUUUGAACUUUCUUUUUAUUUGGUGGCAACAACAUUUCGUGAAAACAAUUUUUUUAGACCCUGGAUAAAUCCUUUAAUUGUCCUAAUGUUUAACUACCAAUUACUUGUAUUAUAUUUUCCGAAUAUAUUUGGGCUUGCUCUGUGAAAAGGGGGUUUAAUGAAUGUGCGUAUAGUGUCAUCCCACAUAAGCCUGUGCAGUCCUCUCUGGCUAAUCAGGGAUGACACUUUCCGCUUUUAUGUUAUUUUUUGUUUACAGAAGGUGUCUUCUUUGAAAAAUCCAGUUUAGGCGGAAAGUGUCGUCCCUGAUCGCACAGGCUAACCUGGGACGACACUUUAUGCACAUGCAUCAAACCCCCUUUUCUCAGAGCGCAGCUCAUUUGAUUAUGUUACAUUCUUUUGUUUACAUUCACUCUGCUCUGCUCUUGACUAUAUAAAUAUAAUUAUAAGUAUUCCUUUCGCUACAUGUAAACUUUAACAUUUACAUUCAACAAUGUGUUUGAUUGUCAUGCUAUCAAAUGAACUUGAUGAUGUUUUUUUACUACAUAUAUGCGUAGUCCAUACUUAUUGUAAGUUACACAAUAUUGGCUGCAUUUUUAUGAUAGUACACUAAUUAAAAUCUUUCCCAUCAAAGUUGCAUGUGCAUCUUAACCCGCAUGUAUAUGAUGUCUUAAGGGUUACUUAUUAUUGUGAUUUAUGACAAAUUGUUGCUUUAGAAUAAUUAAUUAAAAAAAUAAAAGUUCUGCUUAAAUUAA